AUGGGCCAAGCUUCGCCGAAGCAGCUUGGAUGGGGCCAAUGCGGCUGUGUGCACAGCGGCCAGGAGGCAAGCUUCCUAGAAGCCGACGGGCUCACGGAUGGUUUGAGGAUAAACGAAGCUGUCGAGCUGGAAGCUGGUUCUGGCUUCAAGGAAGAGCGGCGCCGCAUCGUUGGUACCUGGGCGCUCGCGCGUCGCAGAGUCUUCUCUGCCCACUUGAAGACAAGCUUCACCAACCACUACAACAUCCUCCGCCAGGUUGGUGAAGGCACAUAUGGUCUGGUUUUCGAGGCUGAGACCAUCAAGAUCCUUCCGCCAGGAGGUGCUGCAGGUUCUCAGCCGUCGAAUGGCCGGCGAGUGGCCGUCAAGUGCUUCAAGAUUGCCGAGGCCAACUCGCGCGAUCCAUCUGGCAUGAGUGCCAAGGCCAUGCGCGAAAGCUUCGAGAAGGAGAGAGCUAUUCUCGCAAGGUCAGAGCACCCGCACAUCGUGAAGAUGUACGAGUGCUUCGAGGAGCGUCAUUCGCUUUGGGUGGUGCUUGAACUUUGCCGUGGUGGGGAGCUCUACGAGUACAUCGCCGCUGCA